AUGAGCAGAAAAUUAAAAUUCGCUUUAGAUCAAGGAGGUACGUUUACAGACACUUAUGCUAGAUGUCCAAAUGGAGAAGUUAGAGUAAUGAAACUUUUGUCUGUUGAUCUAACUAAUUACUUAGAUGCGCCACGUGAAGGCAUUAGAACUGGUAAAAAUAAUAAUAAUACUAAUAACAAAAUAAAUUUAAAUGUCUAAAGUUAUUGCAUAUAUUUGUCUAGGAAACUGGAAAAAAUAUGCCACAGAGUGAGCUACUUGAUAGCAGUUACAUAGAAUGGAUUUGAAUGAGCAACAAAUUGACUGUGGCAACAAAUGCCCUUUUACAAUAUCAAGGCGAAUAUAUAGCACUCGUGGUUUUAAAGAUUUAUUACAUAUUGGAAACAAGGCUCAUCCUAAAAUAUUUGACUUCGUAAGAAUUUUAAGAAUUUAAAUAAUAUUUUUAUUAAUGUUUACAUAAUAAUUUGCGCAGAAAAUUAUGAUACUAGACGUAUGUGAAGAAGUUUUUGAAGUAGACUGCCAUAUAAUCAAUUUUAAAUGUGAAAAAUGUGAUAAUUGUGAAAUUAUUUAUUAAACAUCCAUUUGGAAUGAUAAACCAAUUGUACAAGGUGCUACCUGUGAAGACAUUCAAAUUUUAAAACAAAUUGAUGAAGCUGCAUUAAAAAGUGACCUGGUUCUAUUAAAAGCCAAAGGAUUUAAUAGUAUCGCUGUGGCUUUAAUGCAUUAUUACACGUAAGUAUAAUUACAAUAAUAUGCAAUUCUGUUUAAAAAUAUACAUUUGAUUAUUAUAUAUUAUAUUUUGACAAAUAAUAAUAAUAUUUAUAUUUAGUUAUGUUGAACAUGAGUUUACUGUUGGAUAA